AUGGUAUCCCCUUGCUGGCGGACAUGCGCACAUCAACGACGUUUUGCGCCGAUUCUGAUGGAGUUUCAAGGUCCACGCCGCCGGCAGGCAUACGUCCCUGCCCUACUGGACACUACCAGGACAGUGUUGGACCACUGUCUUGCGCGGGGAAGAACCUUGACGCGCGUCCGCGGCGCUUUUGAUGGCACUCCGGAGGGUCUGCGCUGCCGGGCAGGCAAACGUCCCGCCCUACUUGCAACGCAGCCGGGACAGUGUCUCAGCCGCCGGAGGCCUGCGAACCGCUGGACUAUCAACGCGCCCCCGACAGUGUUGCCCACUGUCGCUGACUGGUGGAAAUGGGGAGUUGGGUGUCUGUCCGCUCGGUUUGAUGGGAGAAUAUAUGGCCUUUGCACGAUUUCAUACCUGCCCGGACUGCCCGAGAAUGAGACCAAUGCCUUGUCUCCCCAAACCAUGCCCGAGACCCCCGCCAGACACGUCCAAACCAGCCCCAAAUCCAUUUUUUUUUCUCCCCUACUAGGUUUACCUCGUGACUUUCUAGAGGUCCCUUUGCUCUCCCCUCAUCUUCCUCCUUUCCGCCUUGCUUCCGCCUCCUGCCCAGUCACUCCUUCAUCUCGCCCACCAAUCAACUCCGUCCUUGUUACCUUCACCCUUGUCUCUUCUGUUCUCACCCAUGGCUGGAUCGGUUCUGUUAGCGUUAACGUGGGCGGCGCCAAGAAGCUCUUCAAAGGCAACGAGCCCACCGAGGAGCUGCCCAACGCUGCCUCCAGUGCCAUCCGCCAACAACCUCCCUUGGCCACCGUCGCUGCCGGUAGCAAGCUCGAUGUGUUCUGGCAGACGCUCACGGGCUCCGGCUUCUGGUUCCAUGAUGUUGGUCCCAUGAUGGCCUAUACUAUGGCGGACUGUGGCGGCAAUUGUGCUCAAUUUGACGCCAGCAAGGCCAAGUGGUUCAAAAUACAAGAACAGGGCAUGGAUGCGAGCGGUAAAUGGGCUCAGGCAAACCUUGACAAUGGCUCUCCAGCGACCGUAACCAUUCCGGCGAACCUCAAGGCGGGCAAUUAUCUCCUCCGACACGAAAUCAUCGCCCUCCACACUGCGCAGUCUCAAGGCGGUGCAGAGUUUUACCCUGGCUGUGUGCAGCUCAGUGUCACUAGCGCAGGCAAGGGUGUGCCAAGCGACAGCGAGACCGUCAAGCUUCCUGGCGCAUACAAACCGACUGACGCUGGGAUUCUCAUUGACGUCUAUAACAUGAAGGGCGCCUACAAAUUUCCAGGCCCAGCCGUGGCCUCUUUCAUUGGUGGUGGAUCUCCGGCCCCAGCACAGGGUGGCUCUGAUGAUAACACUACCGAGAAGCCGUCCUCCCCCGCCACCACAAAGAAGAGCACUUCCCCUCCUGCAAGCUCUACCACCAAGAAAGCUUCGUCUCCGGCUUCCUCUACCACGAGUGUCGCAUCCGCGGUACCGACGAAAUCUGGCUCAGCUUCCUGUCGGGCGAAACGUUCCCACCACCGCCGUCAAGAGGUUGUCGAUGUCCGCGAGGAAGUCCGUCGUUCCCGGGUUCGCCACAUGCAUCGGGCUGGCGUUGCCCGUUCCUUCUGA